AUGGCGACUGCAACCCGAGUGAAGGUCACCGAGGAUGAGUCGAUGCUGACCUCGUUGGUGCGCAGGAUCACUUCGUCCUCCGAGCGGGACGGCUGGCAGGAGCCAGUCCUGCCAGGACAACUGACCCUCACAAUCGUCGUAGCAGGUGCAAGCGGGGACCUUGCCAAAAAGAAGACAUACCCCGCGCUCUGCUUCCUGUAUCAGCAUGGCUUCCUGUGCUCCAACGUACGCAUUGUGGGGUAUGCCCGCACCGACCUCAGCGAUCAAGCCCUGCGAGACAAGUUGCGCCCCUUCCUGAAAAACACACCGGAGGACAAGCGAGAGGCCUUCCUGGCGACCUGCUCCUACGUCUCUGGACCCUACGACACCCCGCACGGCUGGCAGCGCCUGGCAGCAGUGCUGGACAAGCGCGAGAGCGCCACGCCCAAGAACCCUGCCGGCCGCCUCUUCUACCUGGCACUUCCCCCCAGCGUGUACCCCCAGGUGUGCCGGGGCCUGAAGGAACACUGCUCCUCCAUCGCCACGAGCUCGGAGCCGGGCAGGAGCUGGGUGCGCGUUGUGGUGGAGAAGCCCUUUGGAAAGGACUUACAGUCGUCUGAGGACCUGGCGGAGCACCUGGGGGAGCUGUACCCAGAGGAGCAGCUGUACCGCAUAGACCACUACCUGGGCAAGGAGAUGACCCAGAACAUGUUUGUCAUGCGAUUUGCAAACACAUUCCUGUCGCCGCUGUGGUCCAGGACGCAUGUGGCAAACGUGCAGAUCACUUUCAAGGAGGACUUUGGGACGCAGGGGCGAGGGGGCUACUUUGACGAGUUUGGCAUCAUCCGGGAUGUCAUCCAGAACCACUUGAUCCAGCUGCUGGCGUUUGUGGGCAUGGAGAAGCCCGUCAGUCUACACCCGGACGACAUUCGCGACCAGAAGGUGCAAGUCCUGCGGUGCAUCAAGCCCCCCUCCCUGGACAAUGUGGUACUGGGGCAGUACACUGCCGCCGAUGGCGAGGACGGGUACCUAGACGACCCCACCGUGCCCCAGGGCUCCAGGACCCCCACCUUUGCCUCCAUUGUGCUGUACAUCGACAACGACAGGUGGGCGGGCGUGCCCUUCAUCAUCAAGGCUGGCAAGGCCCUGGACGAGCGCAAGGCGGAGAUUCGCAUCCAACUGCACGAGACCCCCCACUUCAUUUUUGCGGGCGAGUCCAGCUCCUCCCGAAACGAACUGGUGGUCCGGCUGCAGCCUGACGAGGCCAUCUACAUGAAGUUCAUCGUGAAGAAGCCAGGACUGGACACGGAGCCCGUGAUCUCCGAGCUGGACCUUGAUUACCACAGCCGAUAUCCAGAUGUCAUCAUCCCCGAUGCCUACCCCAAGCUCAUUCUGGACGCCAUCCGCGGCGACCAGCAGCACUUUGUGCGCCGCGACGAGCUGCGCGCUGCCUGGGCCAUUUUCACGCCCCUGCUACACGCCGUGGACGCGGGGGAGGUGCCCAUCCACCCAUACCCAUACUCCUCCCGCGGACCCGAGGAGGCGGAUGCGCUGCGCUCGCGGGUGGGCUGGGUCAAGAACAGCAAGUAUGACUGGAAGGCCAAGGUCGAUGUGCCGGCGUGA